AUGCACAUCGUUGCUUUUGGUCUCUGGUUAGCCCCCUAUCCACCACUCGGGGACGCGCCACGUAGCACCACGACUGAACGGCUGUGUUCCCUUCUUUGGUCGAGCUACGCUGCCGAAAGAAAGCAAAUUCCCUCCAAAUGGAACAGGCACAACCAACCGAUUCCAGCGAUUCUUUCACGACGGAACGUACCCACACCUGAGCAUGAUACUCGUAGAGGGCACUUCUUAGUCGCUCACUGCGUGGACACUCAUUAUCUCCGGCCUAUUUCUCCAAAUCACGCAACAGUUCGGGAUGAUCCGACCACGAUCCCAACCGCUAGCUCCCCUGAGUCGCCUCGAGCGCAGUGGAGCUAG